AUGCCCUGGUUCCACGGCAAGAUCACCCGAGAGGACGCCGAGGCGCUGCUCAUGCCUCGAGAGGACGGCCUCUUUCUGGUCCGCGAGAGCACCAACUUCCCCGGCGACUACGCCCUGUGCGUCUGCUUCAACGGCCGCGUGGAGCACUACCGGGUGAUCUACAAGGACAGCCAGCUGACCAUCGACGAGGAGGAGUACUUUGACACGCUGUCGAAGCUGGUCGAGCACUACUGCCUGGACGCGGACGGCCUCUGCACGAGGUUACGCAUCAACCACCACAAUCACACCCACAACCACAACCACAACAACAACAACAACAAUCACCUGCUGGACCCGAAGGCCUUCGAGGAGGCCGGCUGGGUGAUUCGCAUGAGCGAGCUGAAGCUGGGCGAGGUGCUGGGCAAGGGCGAGUUCGGCGACGUCGUCCUCGGCACCUACCGCGGCCAGAAGGUGGCCGUGAAGAAGCUGAAGGACUCCAACUGCAAGGCGGCCCAGGACUACCUGACGGAGGCCAGCCUCAUGACCAGUCUGCUGCAUCGGAACCUCGUCCAGCUGCUCGGCGUCGUCUUCGACGGGCCCACCAUCUGCGUCGUCACCGAGUUCAUGGCGAAAGGGUCGCUGGUCGAUUACCUGCGCAGCCGAGGUCGCCUCCAUGUCACCGCCCGCGACCAGAUCGCCUUCGCGGCGGACACCUGCGCCGGCAUGGCCUACCUCGAGUCCCGGCGCGUCAUCCACCGCGACCUGGCCGCCCGCAACGUGCUCAUCAGCGAGGAGGGCGUCGCCAAGGUGUGCGACUUUGGCCUGGCGAAGGACCCCUCGCUGGGCACCGAGGGCGGCAAGUUCCCCAUCAAGUGGACGGCGCCGGAGGCCCUGCGCUACUCUCGCUUCUCCAACAAGUCAGACAUGUGGAGCUUUGGCAUUCUCCUCUGGGAGAUCUACUCCUUUGGCCGGGUGCCCUAUCCGCGCAUUCAACUGGCAGAUGUGGUGAAGCACGUGGAGAAGGGCUACCGAAUGGAGGCGCCGGAGGGCUGUCCGCCGCCCAUCUACGAGAUCAUGACGCAGGCCUGGGAGAUCAGCCCGGAGAAGCGGCCCACCUUUGCCGCCGUCUCUGCCAAACUCAAUCACAUGAGGGAGAAUCACACUGACUAG